AGUGCAACAAGAAUAAAAUUCGUAACAAAUAAGGUUAUUUUGUGUGAUAGACGGAUUUCGGCCAAUUUUUCUAAAAUUGAAAGUCUUGAUGGGUACGAAACCCCAAAACCCCCCAACCACGUUGUCAAAAGUGCCCCUGAAGUGUUCGAAGGUACCCUGGGAGAAGAUGAAUUGAUUUUGGUCAAUUGUUCUUGGCACAAUGAUAGAUCAAGAUGCAACACCAGAUUUUCCUCACCUCAUAUUAGAAAACUUAGAGAACGUAAAACAUAAAUAAUGACAUCAAAAUUUUUGCUUACCAAUUAUUAUUUUUUUGUUACUUUUUACCUGGGAAGUUUUUUGUCAAUUCACUCUUUAAACUGACAUAACCUCGUACUCUAAUUUUAAAGUGAGUUAGCUAUAAUUGAGUUUGUGUCCUUCACAAAGUAGUUGUGUUGUGAUCAGUUAAAAAAUUUCAUAAGUUCAUAGACCAGACGACCUUUCUUAAAAUUAAUGGGACGCACGAUAUCUUUAAGGUAUUUAAAAUACCAUCUAUUUUAUAACAAAGCUGAACGGCCUAAAGUGGGAGGCAUGUCGCGGCCACCCAAGCCGGCGGCAACUGCGAAGAAAGUAGCCCCUCCAGCCGUUCCACAUGAGUUCAGACAUUCUGGAAGUUCGUUCGGAUCCGCGGGAUAUGCUAGUUCAGAAGAUACAGGACUACUGGCGUCGUCAGACACACCAGGUAUCCCCAGAGAUGACCAUUCCGAUUAUGGCAGCACAGUCAGCGGCAGCACCGGAAAGUCUCCAGGUCCAAUAUUUCCUGCUCCUUCCUUUACUUUCCCAGGUCAACUACCAGCUGGAACUGUUCUUACCCAUAAGACAGCCGUCUACUACCACCAUCAACUCAGCUUGCAAGAGGAUCAAGGGAUUGAUAUGACCCAGUCACCCGGUAGAGAUAGUCCAGGCUCUUCAAGUGGUAGUGCCGGUUCCGGUUCCAGACAUAGUACAGCUUCCUUAGAUAGUGGAAGAGCGUCUUACCAUCCAUUAAGCACGGCAGGAAGAAGUACCAUUGGUUCUUCGAAUAGUCCCAGAUGUUCUUUGAGUUCUUGUUCCAUCGGAUCCGAUCAAGGACGUAUCGAAAGAAUGAUACACCAAGGGAUACCGGAUCAAGAAAUAAUUCACUCUUGGCUGGUAGAUUUACAAUUUGAAGAAUAUUUUCCUCUGUUUAUAGCAGCUGGAUACGAUUUGCCUACCAUAGGAAGAAUGACACCAGAAGAUUUGACUGCCAUAGGAAUUAAAAAACCGAAUCAUAGAAAACGUUUGAAAGCUGAAAUCGCUCAACUUAAUCUCCCUGACAACUUGCCCGAAUUCAUACCAGGGUCCCUAGAAGAGUGGUUAAAUUUGUUGCGAUUAGAUGAGUACCUUCCGGCUCUUCUGGAACAAAAUUAUCAAACGGUAGACGACGUUACCCAGCUAACAUGGGAAGAUUUAGAGGAAUUCGGUAUAGUAAAACUAGGCCAUCAGAAAAAGAUAAUGUUAGCCAUAAAACGGAUCAAGGAUAUUAAGUCCGGAAAAAGAAUACACAAUGAUAAUAGAAUAUAUGCCACACAGGACGUCCUGGUGCACGCUCCUGUGGACCUUCCAUCGCCUGGUGUACCCCCAGUCCACAGCACUUUUCGUUCUUUUCACCAACCCUGGGAAAUCGACCAGACAAGGCAGCUACAGGCCGCAGGACAUCCACACUACGUACAAUCGUCAUUGUAUUGCACUGACAUUGUUCCUAUUAAGAUACGGACUGGUCGAGGUAAAUCAUUGGAAUCCCUAGAAGAUCCCAAUGAGAGAACACAUCAUACAUUUACUGCCGACAAUCCCCAAACAGUAUACUAUCAACAACCGAUAGGCUGGCGUACAAGAUCAUAUGACGACGGUGAUAUAACACCAACUAAUGAAACAGCACUGUUAUACGAGGGAGGAGGGACCCUUCCGAGACCACGUGGCAUAAUUCGACCAAGACCUAUCGCUAAAAUAGCUGCUAAAGCUAGAGAAACUUUCCCGGACUUUGAGAAACCCCAAUUUAGCCCUCAGUAUAAAUCUUUACCAAGAGAUGUUAUAGAUGGUAGCGCUUAUCACGUGCAGUAUACUGGAAGUCCUCUCAUGGGGAAGAAAAUUCCACCGAAUCCACCCAAAAGGCAAGACAGUGAGUGUAAUGAACAAACAACCACGGUGGAAAUCCAUCACGUUCAGACCUCUAGUCCUUUACCUCUGCCUGCUUAUCCUAGUUCGGAUAGUCUUAGUAUAUCUUUAGAUAACCAAGGUGAUCUUCCACUACCGCCUCCACCGGCGCCGGGAACUCCUCCAGGAAUGUCCCAUACUCAGUGUAAGCUGAAUUCAUCUCAAUCUUGGAGCGUUGAGGAACAGGAGCUAAUCAAAACGUUGGCAUUGCAGCACAGAAACGGUUCUGACGCAAGCUUCAAGUCGAAUUCCAGUACAGAAUCUGAUUCUUUGCCAUUUGCCAACGAGAACGCCGGUACCAUCCGUACUCGCGCUGGCGGCGGCCGUGCCGCUGAGUUUUCCUCUCCUAAACCAACACGCCCCAGCGGUUUGCCACCUCAUCCGUCCCCCACGCCUAAUCGGCAACAACCGAACGUCCGAACACAAAGAUCGGAACCAGCUGAUGUCCUAAAUGAUAUAGGGAAUAUGUUAGCGAAUCUCACAGAUGAAUUGGAUGCGAUGUUAGAAGAAGAAAAAAGGCAACAGUAAUUUGUUUGUACAUGGUAUAAGACUGAACAUCAAAUUUACUCUUAAAUUUGACGUAGAGGGUAAUCUUAAUAACUAGAAUCAAACAUUUCAUAAGAAAAUAUUGUAGGAAUUGAAAUUAUCAUUUUUAAAGUUAAUAUUUAAUUUGAAGCAGUAAAUAUGUAACUGUAAAUGGAAAAAAUAUGAAUCACAACAAAGUAAAUCCAAGAAAAAAAAACGAGAAAAAAUAAUUUGAUUAUGAUUUGAAAAUAAAGAAUGAAAAGCAAGAGAUGAAAUUAAACAGUUGAACUAUCUAUGACAGAAGAAUAAAUAAAUCUAUGUGGCUAAAAGGCUACAACUUGUAUUUCUGCGUGAAUAUACAAAACCUGUAUAUUUACACAUGUAAAGUUGGUUGAAAAAAAAUGCAAAGAAAGCAAUAGAACAUAUUUAAGUACAUAACUUCUAUGUAUGAGAAAAAGGGACAAUAAAAGUUACCUUUUUCGACUCAAAACAUUUCUAUUUUUAAACUACGUAUAAUUUAUAACAUUUUUUAUAGAAUUGUUUGAUUUUAGGUACUAAGAACUGGUAUUGGAAAAUAUUUUGAGGAAAAUAGGAAGUAUCAAACUGGGUUCAUACAGAAAUUGAAAUAAUAUAACAUAAUGUAACAAAAUGAUAUAAAAUAUAAAAGUAUGCCUUAAAGAACUACUCAAAGGCGUUCAUAAAUGAUUUAAAACAAAGAUGAUCAACUUAUUGUUAUCUGAUUAUUUUAUGUUAAUGUAAAACACCCUGGUUGUCUUCAAUUUAUAAUUUUUAUCACCUUUGUUGUAGACGACCGGAAACUAGUAGCAUAGCCAGAAUUUUGAAAUGAGGGAGGGGUUUACCAAAAAUUUUGAGUCUCUUCCUACUCUCAGUGUCAGUAAAAACGUUAUAAUGGAUACAAAUUAAUACUAAUAUGUUACACUAUUAUUAUUCAACAGGUAUAUUUUUACAAGUUUUACAAUAGAUCCUUUGGUUCACGGUGUAUAUGAUACCCCCAAAUCUACAUACAACACUUACAAGUACCCUACUUAUUGUAUUCCAAAUUUAGGGGUUAUAAACGAUAAUUUAUGGAAUUAGAAUGAUCAUUUUUUAAAGAUAUGCAAUUUCUUGGAAAUAUAUUCUAAACAGUAUAUAAAAAAAUCCAAAAAUAAGCGUAACAAGGGCUGAAAUAAUUCACCUCUUUCAGCUAAAGUUAUCCAAAUCUUUUUACAUGGUUUCAAAUUGACACCAAAAUGUUUGUUACACUAUUAUUUUGGAUCCAGCAAAUCAGUAGGUGUGAUCUCACGAUAGACAUUGAGCAGACCCAGACCAUUCAAACGUAUCUCACAUGUUAUGUUUCUGAGGUAGGAUUCUUCUAGUCUACUUAACGUCGAAAAAGACAAUUGUGGACUACUGGUAGAGUAUUUUUGGGGCCACUGCGGAAACCUUGCACCUAUUCAGUUAACUCAGCGCUAUACUUUUUGAUAUCAUCAUAAACCUUUUUAAAUACUUUAUGUUUGGAGUACCCUAUACAUAAUACAUAAUCAAUAUGUACGUACAUAAAUACAUACAUACAUAUGUACUUAAAUAGGUAAAAAUAUCUAGUUUUUCACGUUCAACUAGGUGUAUGUAAGGAUUAAUCCUUCAAGUAUAUACCAAAAUGAAUGUUACUUUACUAUUGAAAUAACGAAAACAAAUUACUCCUCACUCACACAAUAUUACUUCUAUUGUCUAACUGAGAAUUAAGUGGAAGAAUUGAUAUUCAUAUUCUUAAGUCCUCAAAAUUUUCUCCAAUACUGUAUAAAACUACUUAAUUUUGAAUCAAAAUAUUUAGCAGCUGAGUUAUAUUUCUUAUAGUUUUUUUUUUCAAUAUAGAAUUUAUAGAUACAAAUAAUUAUUUUAUCUUUGUAAAUAUUUUUUAGAUAGGGAGAUAUAUGUAAUGUAAAUUCUGUAAAACUUUUCGUUUUAUUUUUAUUCUAGUUUCAAAAAUAUAUUUUUUUAGGGGGUUAUCUACUCGUAUAAGUUUAGAAAUGUUUUAUUUUAUGAUCGUUUUAAUAUAGAUACAGGGUGAUCCGUAAUAAAAGGUAAAAGUAUGUGUACAGGGUCUGGACAAUAUUUUUACGUUAUUAAGCCGUCAAAAAUUGUUUAAUAAUUACAUUAGUUGAAAUUAGCUGUUUCUUAUCCAAAAUAAUUAUGCAAUAUUCAUUAAUCUAAUCGUGUUUCCUGAAAAACUCGAGAGACAUUUUAUUUUUAAUAAUGAUUAUCCCAAGAAUUUAUGAUUCCAGCCUUUUAAGUUUAUUUUGGGACAUUCGUUCUCGUGUUUUAUGGAACACCCUAGUAUAUUUACCCUCAAAUUUGCUUAUCUUCGUAUUGAUUUAAUUCAGAUGUGUCAUAGAAUUUUAUUAUAAGCAAUGAUAUAGUUGAAAAAAAUUUUGGUGUUGAAAAUGGACAUAAAAUGAAUGUAAAUAAAAAAAAAUAGGUCUUGUACUAAAAUUGUAGGUAGAUGAUGUAAAAUCGAUAAAAGAAUUAGAAAUUAGAUACUUUUUGUACAGUCUUUUUAGUAUACGAAAUCUAGAUCGUUUUACAGCUAGAGUUAGGCUGUUUUCCAGUAACAUGUCACAAAUAUAAAUUGAGCUAUAUAGUUACCAUCAGUUUCCAUGUUAGUUUUACUAGUACAUUUUUGAAAACAAGAUUCAUUAUCACUCGUAAUUGUUAGACCUUAAUUACCAAUGUUGCUUUGAGAAUUUUUAAAUUUACAUUUGAAACUUUGAGCUGAGAUAAACUGUGUUGAUGUAGAAAUGAUUCAGGAAUUAGUAAAAACGGUGUAAAUUUGUCCAAUAAAUUAUAAAUGUCGGAGCAACAAGCAGCUGCAGACAGUAAAAAGGAAAAAAUGUUGAUUAGAGACAAAUUUUCUCCACACUAAAUAGAUAAAUUAUAAAGACUCUAUAGAUCGGUUGCGCGGUAGCCUAGACAGUCGUCGCUCCUCGGGCUUCUGCCAGUACGCUUUGUGCACCCCCACUCCUCAGACAUAUGCUUUAAGAGGCCUAACCAUCUGAGUCUGGCCAUCUUGACUUCUGUCACCAGGCUGGAGUCUUCAUAGAGCCGGUAUAGCUCGGUGUUUGCACGGCUACGCUCCCACGGCUGUUCAACACCCAGGUGUUGCUAGCGUACAUAACAACCAGGGAGAGAAUUGUGCGAUAUAUCCGCUUUUUCGUUCUCCAAUUCAGUAAACGUGACUUAAGAAGUCGCUGGAGACCGAAAUAUGCUCUAUUCCCCUCUUUCAUACGUUCUCUUAUUUCCAUCGAGUUGUCAUUAUUUUCGAUCACUAGUAAUCCCAGGUAUUUAAACGACAGUACAUUUUCGAAUUUAUACCGGCCUACUUUGAGAGCCCUCAGAGGAGUUCUUCUGUUCCUUGACGUAACCAUGUAUAUUGUUUUGGACUCGUUAAUGGUGGCUCUAUAGGAUUCUUCUAGAUGCUCAAAGCUUUCUUUAAGUUCACGCUCCCUUCGACUGAGUAUAUCAAUGUCAUCAGCGUAGGCCACUGUACUGUUGAUCAGAGUUCCUCCUCUAUUAACUCCAAUACAUUAUCUACUAAAAAAACACUCAUUAAUGGGAAUUUAUUAUUAUCUACUAUCCUAUCUACUAUCUACUAAAAAGAUAUCCACAGAUGUCUCCAAUACCCGCGAUGUAAAUUUUUCAACCGAGUUUCAAACCAAUUUCUACCUGUUUUAGUUUUUCAAAAGUCAGUUUAAAUCAAUGCCCUUCUGAAACUUUAAAAACAAAUAUGUAUUGAUACAACCAUUUUCAGUAGCUAGAGUAACACAACUUGUUUUUGAAUAGCUAUUUCUAUUGAUUGUCUUCUGGGAUCUUCUAAGAGAGAUAGUAGGUUCUUCUCAUUGCCACCGUACGAAUGUUACCCAUCCACAAUUUGCAUUUUAACUUCGUUUCUAUAAACCUAAUAUUAAGUUCUAUGCAUAUUGGGGUACCAUGUACACUGUGAUCCUAAGGAUCUAUUUUGUCCCCCUUUCUUGAUGUGACACUGCGGAUUUUCAGUGUUUGCGGCUAAUCUAUUAAUCCCACUACCAGGUGUAAUGCUCUAGACACUCCGAGAGAAUGUGGAUAGAGAUUUCAUCCUUUGUGCAGCAGAAUCUAUUCAUUGUAUUCUGUGCUAGGGUCUUCAGGUGCCCAUUGAGCCGACAGUGCCACGACAGGACUCCUCAUAAUACUAAGUUAAAGAAAUCUAUAAGGGAAUUGAAUUUGCAACAUAUUCAUAAUGUUGACAACGUUUGCAACAAAUAAAUAAAACUUCCUAGUCUCGCCACGCUCCCAAGGAACUGUCAAAUAUAUAAAAGCAAAUGGGCAGUAUAUAUUAAGGGAGUCUUGAAUCUUAUGUACAAAUAAAAAUAUUGAUAUUUUGGUUAAUUAGGCUUUGAAACCCUAGUUUUUUUAUUCAAUCUUGACCGGCUAUUUUUGUAAAGUUUGUCAAUAUAAUUGGUACAAACAAAAAUGUAUAUUCUCCGGGUAAUGAAUAUAGCUACAGUAUGUUGUAGAUAUCGUUUGUUGGAAAGCAGCCUUGGUGUGGAAUGGCAGUCCCAAAACUAAUUUUAGAACACCUCUUUCGUUUAAAAAAAUUAUUCACUACUUUCGUCAAUCAAAAGAAAAGCUAUUUUGUGAAAUUGUAGAGUUCAGUAUAUAUUUGCACCAUGUUUGUAAUCGCAGUUUUACAUUCUUGCAUAAUCACAUAUAAACCUUUUUAUGAUUAAUAAUAACGCUUAUCUUAGAAUAACCGAGAGAAUAACUUUGUAUCAUAUGUUCAGUGUUUAUUUUAUAUAUAUGACGUCACGCAAUAUGGCGACCUUACAGAAAUGUUUAAACUACCUACAAAAUUUUUGAAUUUAUAAUAAUUUUUUUAUCUAUAAAUGUUGAUUAAAGAAUUUAAAAAAAAAUUAUAAUAAAAGUUGUAUAUGAACCAUUUUUCUCUCAAACGAUGCAAAUACCCUAUUAUGAUUCUUUUUGUAUUUGUUAUUAGAUAGAGCCGAUAUAAAUGAAAUCAAACUAGACAGAGACCUAAAACUGAAAUUAGAAGAGCUUAUUAAAGGAAUAAAUAGAAACAAGGGGAAAACAUUAGGGAAAGUAGAUAUUGGAGAGUAUAACAUGUAGGGGUUAGAUGCUAAAGAAUCCGUUUUUAUUUUUCAAAUUGGAAAUUAUUAAAAUACAAUAAAUGUAUUGUACCUAACCUAACCUAACCUAACCAAAUUUUCGUUAUUAAAAUUUUCUAAGCUUCAAAUAACUUUAUUAAAAAAUGCUACGACAGAAAUGUUAAUCUGAAUCUAGUAUACGGUUCAUUUCGUCGGCAUCUUCAUCGGGCGUUUCUUCAACUUCUAAAUUGUCACUGCUGGGGUUCGCUUUUUUGCUAUAUUUUUCUUCAUGUGGAGAAUACUUAUAGGUGCGAAAUAAACAUAAGUAAUGAGAAUAAAAUUUCACAUUUUAAAUAAGAAAUUUUCUUUAUUUCGUUAUAGACAUUUUAAAGUUUGUUCAUGUUAAACAUUAGUAUUCCUUUCUUCACCUUAGAACAAUUUUCAGAGUUGAAAAACGAAAAAUUCUCGUUUCUUGUACUUUUAAAGAAAAAAGUCAUUAAUUACUAUUUUAUGUACUGCAUAAAUAACAAACUACACAAGUUACAUUGUCAAAGGAUAUAAAUAGACAAGCUAAUUACAUUAGGUAGAUUACAUUAAUAGAGGCAAACUGAUACAAUCGCGCUUAUACCGUUUUGCUACUAAUUUUUUUGAUGCUAAUGAUUAGAAUCUAAAUGAAACGAAUGUACUUGUAUCGUUUUACUUUAGAGUUCAUUUUGAUAUAUUUCGUCAUAUCAUAGAUAACAUUACAUCACUUGAAUCCUCUUGCCAUCAACCAAAAUUGGUAUUUUUCUUAAAAAGAGCUUGUACCCUUUUGCAUACCCUUCAUAUAAUAAUUUAUAUGACCCAAUAAUGAAUUUCCUAAAGAAUACAUAGAUUUUUGUACCUUUGCAAUUUUAAAUUUGUUUUGGGCUGUUCCAUUCACAUUUAUAACCUAAUUGUUAUUUUUUUUUCUAAUAAUUUUGAGAAGACUGAUAAUAGAUUUUUUAUUAUUGAUGUGCACCUUAUCUGAAGGAUUAUAUAACUUUAACCAUUCUUUUUAAUCUGUGUUAACACUACUUAGAUUUAUUUUAUAUACAUAUAUAUACAAAAAAAUUUUGUAUUCAUAUUAAUUCUGUAUUUGCAUUUUGCAAGUUUUUUGCAAUAAAAGAAUGUUAUGAAUGUGCUACUUAAUAGUUUAUAUUGAAUAUACCUAUGUUGUUAUUUGUCAUAGCAGUUUUUUUCAUUAAUAAUAUAGCUGUUGAAUAUGACUUUGAUACUCUUUUUAUUACUAUUAUUUUUAAUUAAUAUGAUUAACUGUUAACAAAUAUGAAUAUAGAUUAAAUAAUAAAUAUACUGAUU